UUAGUCCGUAUCAAGAGUGUUCAGCUGUAAGGUGACGAACUCAGUGCCUUGAGGUAUUUUUGUGGUGUUUAAUUCGGUGAACAAAAUUGUACUCAGAAGAAUUCAAAUUAGUGCAACUAACGAGGUGUAAAUUUGGUCGCAACUAAGUGGUACCACAGUGCUCCGUUGCAAAAGGAAGUGAUCGGUUAGACUUUUAUCCCGUAGCCAUUGAUUACGGAUUACCUUCGUGACUUGGCGGAAAGUACAUUCAGUUGAUUCAAAAUGCCGAACCUAUUACAAGACGGAACAUAUGAAAGAAAAAUCCAAUCAGGCUACCACGGCGAAGUAUAUCAAAAACAAGUUGCAGUCACCUUUUUUCUACGGAUGCGGAGAGACAGUUUCAAUGUCAGAUUGGCAUAUGAAGUGUCAAAAGCCGACAAGUACGAUGACGUAGUGAUCAUUGACGAUGAACGUGAGGUUUUACACUUCAUCCAGGUGAAGCACACCGUUACCAAAGAUGGCAAGGUAAAUGUUAUCGAUUUAAAUGCACUAUUUCCGACCGUGGAAAAAGAUCAACACAACGGAGACUUCAGUAUUUACAAGUACCUGGAAUCCUAUUUGAAAGUUGUUGAAAACUUUAAGAAAGACCAAUACAAAAAGCAGUUCUAUAUAUUUACUAAUAAGGAUUUAAACAUCUCCGAUGUUGAUUGGGUGAGGACUGUUGAGGUAGAAGUAGAUGAAAUCCUACGAUUUCCUGGAUCCAAAGCCCGACACCUGAAACUGGAUCCAACCGAAAAAGCUAUUAAGGGGUUGAGUAAUUUUAUCAACAAAGAUUUCGAAAACCUUAAAAAGGCAAUCAUACAGCUUUUCAACAAUGGAACCGUCAGUAACAUUUUAGAAACCUAUAGUACUCCUCUGAAAGACGUUUUAACAAUAAAAAAGAAGCAAUGCAGUUUUUUAGAUAGCUUCAACUCGGAAAGCGAACAAUUCAAUGUUGCCAAGUUGUUUAAAGUUCUGGAAAAAGAUAAGCUUGAUAUGAAGAAGACAAUAACAGUGAAUAACUUUUUACUAAGAAACUCAAGGGUGAAACAUUUGCCACGUUAUUUUAGUGAGGAGGAAAUUGUGGCAUUCUUCAACGACUUUUAUCUAUUGGUGAGUCAACCAAAUGAUUUGUAUCCAAUUAUUGAAAGCGAGCUGUGGACGUGGUGUAAAUCGUGGAUCUGUCCAGAAAUUCUCAGAAAAUUGAGAGAAAUCGAUCUGAUAUUUAGAGAUCUGAUAUUAAAAUUUGACCAACUCAAUAAACCUAAAAAGAAUAAAAUGAAGGCAAUGUUGAAAAAAAGUGAUGUACUAAACUGUCUUAGUGAAAUUCAGAAUGAUAACGAUAAACUUGAAGGUAAGGAAUCAAAACAAUUGCAAAAAUAUUACAUCAAUCGCCGUAUUAUAUACAAAUAUAGUAAACCGACCAAUGACGAAAAUGUCAUUGAAGUUGAGAAAACAGGUAUGGAAGAGGCCGAGAUGAACCAGCGUCUGGCUGAAAAUCUCCUUAAUAAAGACAACCAACCAGGUAUGGAAGACAACAUUGAAGUAAUUUCACGACAGAUGAGUGACACUCAGUUUGUUGAAGAGCUUGGGCAAACAUUUGAAGACCAUCAGAUCAUCGUACUUCUGGCAGACCCCGGAAUGGGGAAGACUAGCUUGCUUCAGUUUGUAGCCUUUGAAGUGCAGAAGCAAAAUGUCGUUAAUGUACUGUUAGUGUAUUUAAGCGAGUUGGUGAUGGAGCUCGAAAAAGUAGAACACAGUUCAGAUUUGCAGGUGCAUAAUGUGCUCAAAGUGAUCCUUUCAGAGCGAAAUUGCGAUCUCAUUAAAAAUGCCCCACAUGAAAGGGAUGACAGAGACUAUUCCAUUCUUAUAGUGAUGGAUGGCUUCGACGAGAUCCACUCCAAGUACACUGACAAGGUGAUUGAGAUGCUGGAACAACUCAAGUUGAAAAAGAGCAUUCGAAUCAUCAUCAGCGCCAGAAAACAUAUGCAAGUAUUAUUAGAGAGUAAAUUUAAUGUAAGAUCUAUGUUUCUGGAGCCGUUCAUUGUGGAAGACCAAAUCAACUAUUUCAGAAAGAUGUGGCACGAACCAGAUCUAGAUGAACAUUGCUUUGAAAGCUACUCGAAACAUAUUUUAAACACAUUUAAAUCAAAUAUCCCUUCAAAUUUAGGCGAAAUUUGUGGUGCGCCACUCAUGGUGAAAAUGCUGGCGGAGGUUUAUUUAGAAAAAUUUAGAAAUUACCAUUCAUUGAAGAAACAGAAUACCAAUCAGCUCGUUGAUCUGACUAAAGAAAAAAUGAAUAUUGCACAGCUAUACGAACAGUUUAUAAGAAGAUGUUUUCACAAGAAAUUUAUGGAAAAAUUUAAGCCCAAAUUUGCUCUGAGCGACGCUGAAUUGGAUUGGUUGAUGGGUGAUUUUAUUUUGAAGCAUCAGUUGUUAGCUAUGGAACUGCUAAAUAUUGAAGUACGUAUGGACUUAUUAAAAAAUCAAUAUUAUAAAGUAAUACACGAUCAAUUUAAAAAACGAUGCAAACAGGAAUCAGAUUCAUCACAACUGGUUCAUGUAGUCCAGCAGAAGGUUAAUUUUUGCCAUCGGUCUUACAGUGAAUACUUUGUGGCAAAAUAUCUAUGCGACAACAUUUUUACGUUGUCAGGAAAAAUUGUCAGACGCAUUUGGUCUAGAUAUACUGUUGUUCGAAGAUUGUCUAUGACCAAGAUGGAAGGAAACCAGGCAUAUCUCAAUAUCUUAAAUAAUCUGUGUAAAAAAAACUGGAAGAUUGCACUGUGGGCAUGUGAGUGUGACUGUUUGAGUAUCAUUUCCUCUUUAGAAGGACAUUUUAAAUCAUUCUCAACAAGCAACCUAACGGAUAUGAUACUGGUUGCUGCGGAAAGUGGGUUUGUUGAAAUAUAUGAAUUAUUAUCAAAGAAUAAAGCUGACGUGAAUGCAGCGGAUGAAAAACAAUUGAAAAUGCCGAACCUAUUACAAGACGGAACAUAUGAAAGAAAAAUCCAAUCAGGCUACCACGGCGAAGUAUAUCAAAAACAAGUUGCAGUCACCUUUUUUCUACGGAUGCGGAGAGACAGUUUCAAUGUCAGAUUGGCAUAUGAAAUGUCAAAAGCCGACAAGUAUGAUGACGUAGUGAUCAUUGACGAUGGACGUGAGGUGUCACACUUCAUCCAGGUGAAGCACGCCGUUACCAAAGAUGGCAAGGUAAAUGUUAUCGAUUUAAAUGCACUAUUUCCGACCGUGGAAAAAGAUCAACACAACGGAGACUUCAGUAUUUACAAGUACCUGGAAUCCUAUUUGAAAGUUGUUGAAAACUUUAAGAAAGACCAAUACAAAAAGCAGUUCUAUAUAUUUACUAAUAAGGAUUUAAACAUCUCCAAUGUUGAUUGGGUGAGGACUGUUGAGGUAGAAGUAGAUGAAAUCCUACGAUUUCCUGGAUCCAAGGCCCGACACCUGAAACUGGAUCCAACCGAAAAAGCUAUUAAGGAGUUGAGCAGUUUUAUCAACAAAGAUUUCGAAAACAUUAAAAAGGCAAUCAUAGAGCUUUUCGACAAUGGAACCCGAGCUGUGGACGUGGUGUAA